UGGACAUCUUCCUCCCUCCCACCAUGAUGAAGGAUCUUCUGAUUCCUUAAAUUAUCCUCCUCUCUCCUCUUGUCUGUUCCUCUCUGGUUGGAGCUAAGAUGCGAGGAGAAGACGCGAACGGAGGAAGAUGCCAAACAGAGUGUCCGAAACUUCCGGUUUCUCCCUGUCCCCUUGUCCCUGACAGCUGCUUGGAGAGAGCCAGCACCGCCAACCAGAGGGCUGAAUAUCAGCGAUGCUUUCUUUGGAACCGGUCCGGGGAGUUCUGGUUCUGGUUUUCAGGACUUAGAGACAACCGUUUCUCCGUGAAGCCGGGAGGCGAAGACGGAAGAGGGGUUGAGGGAAACAUCUUGCUUUACCCGGAUGUGGAAUCAUCCAGGACGAGGUCAUUUCCGCCAUCAACAGCGUGCGCCCAUGUGUUUUCUUCAGUGCUAGAAUUCAGAUUAACACACAGCCGCCAUGACGUCUUUGGCUCAUCAGCUGAAGAGACUCGCUCUCCCUCAGAGCGACCCCAACCUGUUAACCCGCAAAGAGGUCGCCUCUCUGCUCUUUGACCCCAAAGAUGCUGCGUCCAUGGACCGAAGCACCUUCUACGCCCUCGGCUGCACGGGGCUGGAGGAGCUGCUGGGAAUCGAACCGGCCUUUCUGGAGUUCCAGGACACCCUGUUCAGCCAGGCGUCGCUGACUCUCGAGCGCAGCGUCCAGUCCAAAGAGGUCAACGAGAAGCUGGACACCGGCAUCUCGCUCUUCCUCACCCGCCUGUGCCCGUACUUCCUCCUCAAACCGGCUCACAAGUGCAUCGAGUGGCUGGUUCACCGUUUCCACAUCCAGCUGUAUAACGCCGACAGCCUGCUAGCCUGCGCUCUGCCGUAUCACGACACCAACGUGUUCGUCAGAGUCCUGCAGCUCCUCAAAAUCAAAGACGCCACAAACCGCUGGAACUGGCUGCACUGCCUACAGAAACCCGGAGUGCCGUUGUCCCGGGGAACCCUGAUCACUCACUGCUACUCUGACCUCGGCUUCAUGGACUUCAUCUGCACCAUGGUCACCAAGGCCGUCCAGGCGUACUCGGGCCGCUCCGGCAGCUGCUCCCAGCUCAGAGUGAUCUUCUCCUUCUACGCCUCCACCAUCGUCCCAGCCCUGGACGCGGUGGACAGAGUGUCUGACAGCAUCAUCUCCAAGCUGCUGCCUUACAUCCAGAAGGGUCUGAAGUCGUCUCUGAGCGACUACAAAGCCGCGACCUAUAUGAUCGUGAGCCAGCUGGCAGUGAAGGUGGUGAUGGAGGCGAGUCUGGUGGACACGCUCGCCGUCCAUGUCAGUAAGUCUCUGCUCAGAGAGCCCAUACUCGCUCAGGACGGGCUCGGCUGCCUUGUGGUGCUGCUGCAGAACCAGAAGGAGGGCUCCGCCGGGCCCAGGGCGUUCAGUCGGCUCAGCUCCAUGCCGGCGCUCGUCUCCACGCUGCAGGUCAUGGCGACGACUUACGACGUCACUCCUCUGCUGCGGUAUCUGCUGCCUCACCUGGUCCACGCCGUCUUCACCGGAGGCUCAGGUGAGGCGGAGACUGGCGAGCUCAUCGUGCUGGAGUCGCUCCUUCAGUCUGUUCCCCUGACCAAAGGCUUGGACCAAACCGUGGCUAGGUUACUCCUGGACCAGUAUCUGAGUCUGACUGAGCUCUCGACUGAAAACUUGUCCACUCUGGACCAACGUCUGCUGCCUCUAGUCCGGGUGUUUGAGUCCAGGUACUGUGGCGCUCUGGAUGGCGUCCUUGCUGAUCAUGUGACUGACAGCAGCAGUAGCGAGCAGAAGCGUCUGUUCCAUCACUUCCUGUCUCUGUCCAUGAGCAGCGGGAAACACCAGAUUCUUGGCGACUCGGACACGUCUCUGGUCCUCGGUCUGAAACACCCACAGCCGUCGGUCCGAGUCUCUGCUGUGGAACACCUGAUGAGCAUCAUCUCCUCUGGACAGCAGAGUUUGGACCAGACGUUCCUGAAGGACGCCGUCAUGGACCGUCUGCAGGACGACGUGCCACAGGUCGUCACCGCCGCUCUCAGAGCCCUCGAGAUGUUGUUUGAUGCUGUGGACCCUGAAGGCAUCGUGUCAUGUUUACUGUCACUGCUGCACAGAGUGGACAGGUUGGACGCCGAGCGCUGGCUGCCCGUGCAGACCGAGGCGGUGCGUUUACUGUCCGAUCCUCGGCUGGGAAAGGCGGACUCUGAGCUGGUUCAGAUGGCGGGCUGGAAGCUGCUGCCCUUCCUCGUCAUCACCUCCACCAAGCUCCACCUGUCCACCUGCGUCGCCCGAUCCUCCAUCGUCAGCCAGCAUCCGCUCACACAAAACUGGGCCAAAGAGCUGGAUGGAGUGAUGAAGAGGAGCUCUGAUCCAGAUUUCAUAAGUUUAGCCAACGAGCGUCUCAUCUCCAUGAUGACCACGAAUCUGUCCACCAUGGAGAACUUUAGCAAACGGGACGCUCUGGAGAGGUUAGCUCUGUCAGUGGAGCAGCAGAGGGGCCCCGGGCUCAGAGCGAGGGCCUCCUUCCUGGUCCUGACCCAGACUCUGCUGCUCGGCCUGGAGGAGCUGAACGGGACGCAGCACCUGCUCACGGCUCAGAGGGUCUUCUCGCUGCUGGAGCCGCCCCUGCUGGACGCCAUCAGAGACGCAGCCGCUCAGGAAGUUGAUCGUCCCGUCAGCCCGCCCUCGUCCUUCUCUGCAGCUCUGGCGCUCUACCUGAGCCGGUGUGAGCAGCAGUCAUGUGACCAGCCGACCAAGUUCACCUUCGUCCUCAUGUCUCUGCUGGGGUCAUUCAUCUCCUCACUCCGGUGUCACGACGCCUCCUUCAAAGACGAGGCAUGGUGGAACCCGGAGAAGAUGGACACGAACAGCUGCUGUUACCUGGGUCUGAUGUGUCGCCUCUACAGCACCAUCGUCAGCGGAGCAGGGGAGGGGCGGACCGCCGGGAGCUUCAGAGACAUGAUGAGGCUGUUCAUACAGGUUCACCUGCAGGAGCCCAUGAUGCUCUUCAGGUUUCUGUGCGUGCUGUGGGGAUACAGCGGUAACCAUGGAGACCAGCUGGAUGUGAAGGUGGGCGCCGUGCUGCAGACUCAGGCUUUGUACAUGGGCGGAGCUCUGCUGGGUGUCCAGCCGGCCGCCACGCUGGAUGAGCUGACCGCAGCCAACUCGCCAGUCGUCCCCUCUCUCCUCGUCUGUCUCUCCUCUCCGGUUCGGGAGGUUCGGAGGGCCGCCCUCGGCGCUCUGCAGAGCCUAUCAGCAGCCAGCUCCUCUCCCUUCCAGCCAAUCAUAGAGAAGCUCCUGAAGACAUCAGAGGAGAUCAUCGCUGACCCUUCAUACCUGAGCCAGGCUCUGGGCACGCUCCAUGAUGACUGUCAGUCUGCUAAAGCGAGCUCAGAGCAAAAGAAGCUUCAGGCAUCUCUCCAGCUGCUCCUUCAGAGCGCUCAGUCUCUGAGCUGCCCGUCCUACAGCGCCGUCGCCCUGCUGCGAGCACUCGGCCUCGUUAACGGGCCGUCCGUCCUCUCCGCCCUCCUCCCCGUCCUUGAUCGUGUCCUGGAGCAGCAGGGUCUGGACGCCCCCUCCCUCCUGCGGUCUGAAGCCCAGCUGAUGCAGCUCGUUCUGGGGAAGUUUAACGAGGCGUCGGCCCCUCUGCUGGUUCAAGACCAGAACUGUCUGGAUCUGUUCAUCCGAGCUCUGAGGACGUCGGCGCAGCAGCACAAAGACGUCCAGAGCUGCCAGAUCAUCGCUCUGGAACAGAUCACAAAGCCGUUCUUCACGGCGCUGGCAGACGAGGCGGUGCAGCAGAAGAUCCUGUCGGUGAUGUUCGACCUCCUGGUGGAGAGCAGGCGCCCCCUGGUGGCUAACACAGUCAGCAGCGUCUUUAAAGGGCUAACGGUGGACGCUCAGCUGGUGGCCAAUGAGCUCGCUCCUCCAGAGAAACCCAAAGUGAGCGUGACGGUGCAGCAGACUCGCCGGAGCAGGAUGGCCCUGAGGAAACCAGAGGCGGGCGACGCUGCCGGCCCAGAGGGGGGCGCUGUGUCGUGGCCGAGGGUGACUUUGAUCCUGGAGCUGCUGCAGCACAAGAAGAAGCUGAAGAGCCCUCAGACGCUGGUGCCCGUCCUCUUCUCGCUGCUCGCCAGGAGUCUGGAUCCAUCUGAUCACGCUAACAUGGAGUACACCAAACAGCUGCUGCUCAGCUGUCUGCUCAACGUCUGCAACAAGCUGUGUCCAGCAGGGGGCGCUGUGGGGACAGACGUCCUGGAUGAGGAGAAGUUCAGCGUGGAGCUCGUGGUUCAGUGCAUUAGAGCAUCAGAUGUGCCUCAAACGCAUCACCACGCCCUGCUGCUGCUGGGUGCCGCCGCCGCCAUCUUCCCCGAGAAAGUCCUCCACAACAUCAUGCCGAUCUUCACCUUCAUGGGCGCCAACAUCCUCCGUCUGGACGACUCGUACAGCUUCAGGGUCAUCGAUAGGACGGUGCAGAUGGUCAUCCCGGCGCUGAUUCAGGCCCACCGGCUCUCUGACGGCAGCUCCUCCUCUCACAUGGUCGCGGUGGUGACGAAGAUCAUGCAUGUCUUUGCCGACGCUCUCCCUCACGUGCCGGAUCACCGUCGGGUCCCGAUCCUCAGUCAGCUGGUCACCACGCUCGGCCCCGCUCACUUCCUGUGGAUCUUGAUGCUGCUGCUCUUCAAGCUGCACGCCACGCAGACGACCGGCGGCACCAGUGAGAAGGAUGCAGCUCUGGAGAGAGACAUGGAUUUCUGGAUCUCUCUGUGUUGUCAGUUCGAGGUGUCGGAUCAGCUCACCUCUAUCAUCAGCAUCCUCAACUUCCUCCUGCAGCUUCCUGACGACAAAGAUGAGGCUCCAGUGAAACGCCCCGCCGGCCGCCGAGGACCAAAGAAGAAGGAGGAGGAGGAGGAGGAGGAGAAGCUGGAGGAGCUGAUCUUCAGCGUGGAGACUCACAGCGGCAAAGAGCUGCGACACUUCAAGUUCCUCUGCGUCUCCUUCAUGGCUCAGCUUCUCGGGUCCAACAGCUUCAUCGGGAAGGUUGCAGAUGGAGGUGAUGGCGUGGACGAGUCUCUUCAGCAGCUGCAGCAGAGGCUGUUGGAGGAAAUCCUUCGGUACAUCCACAGCGUCGCUCGCUGUGUGGAGGAAAACGCCGACAAACCCACUGCCAAGUUCUGGAGAGUUCUGCUGAAUAAAACCUACGACGUUCUAGAUAAGGUUAACUCCUUGUUGCCCACGGACACAUUCAUCACGGUGAUGAGGGGGCUGAUGGGUAAUCAGCUGGCGUCUGUCAGGAGGAAGGCCAUGGAGCUUCUGAACAACAAACUGCAGCACAGACACACCUGGGAGGAACAGCAGGUCACUGCUCUGUUACAGCUGAUGGGCGACCUGCUGAGCAUUGUGGGUAAAAGUCAGCCGGUUAAGGAGGAGGAGGCGGAGCAGGCCAUCAACCGGCAGACGGCGCUCUACAGCCUGAAGCUGCUCUGUCGCUGUUUCGGCUCCGACCACCAGGAGGCGUUCGUCCCCGUGCUGCUGAAGGCGGUGGAGGUCGUGACGGUGCCCAGUGAGGAGAAGAACGUGACGGGCAGCGCUCUGCUCUGCAUCGCUGAGACUGUGAGCGCGCUCAGAGCGCUUGCCAUCCCGCAGCUCCCGAGGUUGAUGCCAGCGGUGCUGCAGACGCUUACAGACAGAAGGGAGCUGCUGACCAAUGAGAUCUACCUGCUGAGCGCCGUCACCGCCCUGCAGCGCAUCUCAGAGACGCUGCCUCACUUCAUCAGCCCGUACCUGCAGGACACCACGCUGCAGGUAUGUCGUCUGACUCGCCUCGUAGAGUCGUCUCCCUCCUCCUCCACCUCCACCCAGCUCUCCACACGUCUCGCCUCCCUCAGGACCACCCUCGCCACCAAGCUGCCCUCCAGGGUGCUUCUGCCCACGCUCAACAAGUGCUACAGCAGCAUGGUGGUGGACAAAAAGGCCCAGCUGGGGGUGCUGAUGAGCAUCCUGAAGGAACACAUCGGCCACAUGGAGAAAGAUCAGCUCAACGCCCACCAAUCAGAGCUCACCGCCUUCUUCCUUACCGCGUUGGACUACAGAGCUCAGCACUGUCAGGGCGAUCUGGAGAAGACGGCGGAGGUGGAGGGUGGCGUGAUCGACUGUCUAGUCUCCAUGGUGUUAAAGCUGUCUGAGGUGACGUUCAGGCCGCUCUUCUUCAAGCUCUUCGAUUGGAGUAAAUCAGACAGUAAGGAUCGUCUGCUGUCGUUUUACCGUCUGUCCGACUGCAUCGCCGAGCGACUCAAAGGACUCUUCGUCCUCUUCGCUGGAAACUUAGUGAAACCGUUUGCCGACCUGCUGAGGCUCACCAACACCUCAAAGACGAGCGACACAGACGAGUCGUUGUUUUCAUCGAGCCGAGCUGAAGAGAAGACGAGUCUUCUGCUGCAGCUCGUCCUCGACUGUCUGCACAAAAUCUUCCUGUACGACUCGCACCAAUUCCUGAGCAAAGAGCGAGCCGAUGCCCUGCUGGGGCCGCUCGUCGACCAGCUGGAGAACAAAGUGGGGGGGGUCCAGGUGUACCAGCAGAGGGUGAGUCAGCACCUGGUCCCGUGUGUGGGCCAGUUCGCCGUGGCUCUGAGUGACGACGCUCUGUGGAAAAUGCUCAACUACCAGAUCCUGCUGAAGACGAGACACAGCGAUGCCGAGGUGCGUUUCUCGUCGCUGUUGGUGCUGAUGGAGGUGGCGUCCAAGCUGAAGGAGAACUACAUGGUGCUGCUGCCUGAGACCAUCCCGUUCCUGGCUGAGCUGAUGGAGGACGAGUGUGAGGAGGUGGAGCAGCAGGUGCAGAAGGUGGUUCAGGAGAUGGAGAACAUCCUGGGAGAGCCUCUACAGAGCUACUUCUAACGCUGAAGAUCUCAGGGAUCUCUAAUGGAAAUGUUGGACUUCUGUUUUCAUACCUGCAGAAAGAAUAAAGGUGUUUUUCUUAA